CUCAAAUAUAUUCCUACACAAAGAAAAACGCUUAAAGAAGAAGCUGUGCCCACGAUUGAGCAUCAGUUUAUUCCCAUUCCCGAACAUGAACUCCAAGCCAAUACUAUUCACAUAGAGGAAUCUUUCGAACCAUACCCCAAUCAACCUAAGGACGAGCAGCAACAACAAAUCAAUGCCGAGCAACAGGAAUUAUCAGAAGAUCAAAAUGAUUCUAAUAAUUUAAUGGAUUAUGAAAUGAUACAACAGGACUUUGCGGAACCAUUGUUUAGUCAAUAUCAGGAUACUAAUGUAACAAUAAAUCCAAUAGAGAAUUUUAAAAGUAAGUUUCGGGCAUUUUCGUUGUUGCCGCCUUUUUGGCUACAUGCAGAAAAUCCUAAUGGGCUGGUAUUUAUGCGAAUGGAUCCAAAAACUCAGAAGAUUAAACAUCAUAUACGUUUAAACGAUGAUCUAACUGUCACUGUAAUUUUUCCCAAUAAUGAACAAUUGCCACUAAAGGAGAAAAUUAAUUCAUAUGACAACACCUACGAUUACUUAAAAUCGGUUGAAAGAUGGCCUUUGUGCGUUGGUACUCAGAUUGACGACAAUAAAUUUUGUAAAGGUGUGAUUAUUGGUGAUGAUACUUACGAAAGAAAUCAACAGUACCCAAGAUGUAAAUCUUGUCGAAUAUUACGAAAUCGUUUGCAGAACCGUAAUUCCACUUCAACUCUAUUACAAAAAAUGGCAGAAGCAAAACGGCGCGCUUCAAAUCUUGUACAUAAAUGCAAGCGUCUGAAGAGGACGACCCCUUACGGAACUGUGAAAAAAAGACAUUGGGAAGCGGUAUUAGAGGAAGAGAAUUAUCGUCAGCCUAACUUAAAAAUCGCUUACAAGUUAACACCAGCGCAUUUGAAACCGAAAGGUUUUCAAGUAAUGAAUGUUCCUCUUGCAACUGAAGUGUUUGGUCACGAAAUUUCGGUCGCCAUGGCUCACUAUCAACCCUAUUGCGAGGAAUUGAAGGAUUCAACUGCAACACAAAAAUUUAUUGAUCUUGUAUUCAAUUUGAUACAAGCUAUGUCUUCGCGUAUACCAAGAGAUGCUCUGUACGUGAAUGAAAAUUGCAGACGAAGAAAGGCAAUCCAGGAAUUUUUAGAAUUCCUUGCAGACUGGGAAAAGCUCGAAAAAAAAUACCUGUGUCAAGGAGCACGUUAACUGGAUUAAAAGUAACUUUACGGGCAACACUUGAAAUUUUGGAUAUGCUGAAUGUUGCAUGUGAUUACAAGUAUUUGAUGACAGCAACCCUAUCUCAAGAUCCGUUGGAGAGAUUUUUCUCCGUCAUGAGAUAUUCGUGUGGAGGAAACGAUCACCCUGAUCCCAAAAUGUUUGCACAAGUUUACCGAUUGGCGUCUUGUUUUUCCCUAAUACGCCCUCCGAAAGGUUGUAACGUUUCCGGCAAAGAUUUGCUGAAGAACUUACUAGGAGCAAAGGAUAUGGUAACUGGUUCAAACGAGGCUAAGCAAGCAUGGCUGGAAAGCCUCGACCAUAUACUAGAUAAUGGUGAACCAUUGAUUGAUGGUUAUGAAGACCAUGACUACAACGAGGCUGUCACCAGUGACGCGGUGCAGUCUUACAUUGCUGGGUACAUCGUCCGCAAAUUGCGAAAAAUCGUAAAAUGCAAUAAUUGUUUGAAACUCAUACAAAUGAGUCCCAAUGAGGGAAAAAUGUUAAUGAGAAACGACGUAAUCGAUAAAAUGGAUUUAUACGGCGGGUUAAUUUAUGCUAGUGACGAUCUAUUCAAUCUGACCAAAAUGAUAGAGAAAUGUGUGUUAAGAGCAAUAAGCAAAGCUUUAACCAAUAUGGAGACGAUCAGUGAAAUUACGCAAGAAUUACAAAAAGAAACAUUGAUAAAAGUUGGAUGUGCCGACCAUUCCAAACAAGUAUCAAUAAAAAUUAUCGAUAUGUACGUAGUUAUGCGAGCCCACUUUCUGGCAAAAUAUGAAAAUAAACGUUACGACGCAGCCAAAACCAAAACUAAAAUGAACAGGAAAAAUGCCAAGUUAUUGUCUUAAUUACUAGUAGUUCGCCCCGAACUAAGAACUCGUAUUCGCUGAAAACUACCGCGCAGCGCGCACACUCAGGUUUUGAUUUCCAACUCAAUCUCACUAGUGAUACCUACUAAUACUUUAUAUACGAGAUUACCGCCACGUGGGAUGUUGACUCGACGAUCAUUGUUGCGAUAGUCGUCUCGGUUUUUUUUCCGUCAUGAGAUAUUCGUGUGGAGGAAACGAUCACCCUGAUCCCAAAAUGUUUGCACAAGUUUACCGAUUGGCGUCUCGUUUUUCCCUAAUACGCCCGGUUGUAAUGUUUCCGGCAAGGAUUUGCUGAAGA